AUGGUCCAAGUCGAAAGCAAGCUCGUACCACGCAAGGAGAAUGGCGAGAAGCCAACCAUGUCGGGACCGGACAAGUGGUUUACUGGCCAAGUCUAUCUCGACAUUGCCGAGCAACACAGCACCGACGAUGGUGGUAAGGCCAAGCGUAUCAACGAGGGUGAUGUCAUGUGGUGCCCUCCUGGUGUACACCACUGGCAUGGGGCCGAUGAUGAUUCAGAUGAGGAAUAUACGAAGAAGUCAGGCUAG